UCUCUCUCUCUCUCCAAGAACCGCAGAGAAAGUUUUGUUCUUUCUUUUAUGUUCUUGAAGAAAAACAGAGAGGGCUCAACAAUGGCGGCGAGACCCAUUUCGCUUGGUCCACUUCUUCUCCAGGCGCUUGCUUUCUUGGUGCUGAUCAAUGCCGUCGCCGCUUCUUCACGGCCGCCGUCUCGGAACCCACACCGCACUCGUCAAGAGCCAAGUUACAUGAAGUUUGUUUCCAACGCCACUGACUUCCCUUUGGAGGACUACUAUGACUACAUUAUCGUGGGAGGUGGCACUGCUGGGUGCCCUUUGGCUGCGACGCUGUCAUUCAGGUUUCGCGUCCUCCUGCUCGAGAGAGGUGGUGUUGCUUAUGGCAAUCGGAACUUGAUGACCCAGGAAGGUUUCUUGGCCUCACUCCUGGAUGUCAACGCCUUUGACUCUGCGACAGAAGCCUUCACAUCUGAAGAUGGCGUUCCAAACGUCCGAGGACGCAUUCUUGGAGGCAGCAGUGCCAUAAAUGCUGGUUUCUACAGCCGUGCAGAUCAGGAGUUCUACAAAAGAUCCACUUUCAAUUGGGAUCUUAAACUGGUGAAUGAGUCCUAUGAUUGGGUCGAAAGAGCAAUUGUCUUCAGGCCUGAGCUUAGGAAUUGGCAGUCAGCAUUUCGAGAUGGCUUAUUGGAAGCUGGUGUUGAUCCCUAUAAUGGGUAUAGUUUUGAUCAUGUGGUGGGGACCAAGACUGGUGGUUCAACAUUUGAUACUUUGGGAAGGAGACACAGUGCUGCCGACCUCCUUAAAUAUGCAAAGCCAUUGAAUAUUCGAGUUGCAGUGCAUGCCACUGUGGAAAGAGUUCUAUUGGCUUCAUCUACUUCAUCUCCGGUGUCGAGGCAAUCUGCCGUUGGGGUUGUUUUUCGUGACAGAAGUGGGAGGUAUCACCAUGCUAUGCUAAGAAAACACGGAGAGGUGCUUCUCUCAGCAGGUGCAAUUGGAACUCCACAGCUACUUCUACUGAGUGGUAUUGGCCCAAGGCCUUAUCUUGCAUCUUGGGGGAUUCCAGUGGCUUAUCAUCUUCCUUAUGUUGGGCAGUUUAUGUUUGAUAAUCCCAGAAAUGGCAUCUCAAUAGUGCCACCAAUUCCACUGGAACACUCACUCAUACAAGUGGUUGGCAUUACUGAAUCAGGGGCCUACAUUGAAUCAGCCUCCACUGUAAUCCAAUUUGCAUCCCCAGCCCACUCUGGAUUCCUUAGGACACCAGCUGCGCCUCUAUAUCUUACUGUGGCCACCCUCAUGGAGAAGAUUGUUGGGCCAGUCUCUGCUGGUUCUUUAAGGUUGGCUUCAACUGAUGUCAAGGUGAAUCCUAUUGUUCGAUUCAAUUACUUCAACAGCCCAGUGGAUGUGCAAAGGUGUGUGAAUGGAACGCGAAAGAUUGGUGAGAUUCUCAGGACCAGGUCUAUGGAUGAUUUCAAGUUCCAGGGAUGGUUUGGGAACAAGGAUUUUAGGUUUAUAGGGCCUGCAUUGCCACUUGAUCAGUUUGACUUUGACGAGAUGGCAGAUUUCUGCCGCCGCACUGUAAGCACCAUAUGGCACUACCAUGGGGGCUGCAUUGCUGGGAAGGUGGUUGAUCGUGAUUUCCGGGUCAUUGGCAUAGAUGCACUCCGUGUUGUUGAUGGGUCUACUUUUGGUAUAUCACCAGGGACAAAUCCACAGGCUACCCUUCUGAUGCUCGGAAGAUAUGUUGGGCAGAAGAUAAUGAAUGACAGAAAGGGAGGAUAUAAAAUGGUAGAUUGAUCAUCAGUUGGGCUGAAAAAGAACUAUGGCACUCAAUGCUGCUAGUAGAGAUAGUGCUAUGUACUGCUUGCUCUGGGCAGAUUUUACUUUUUCUUGUAGAUAUCUCCUUAUAGAUAUAUCGAUUCAUUCAUUCACAUUACAGGAAGUAGGGAUAAGCACAUAAUUGUAUGAACUCUGAACUUUGAAUUGAAUAUAACUGACAAAGAAAAUCA